AUGUUCUAUUCCAACAACACUGGAAAAGUAUUAUGGCUGAUGCCCACUGAGUGGCCACAAAGACUUUUAGAUGACGCGAAUUUAUACAUGCAUGAUGAUGUAAAGCAGUUCACAAUUCGAGAUUUGGUCUCAUUAUUCCUUAAAUCACAAUAG